UCUCACCUUUCGUCAGCCUCGUGACCAUACGUGUGCGGAUAAACGUACGUGUGUCUUUCUCUGUGUAAAAUCAGCUGAUUCUGGCUGCCUCUCAGUUUUAGAUGCAAAUAGAAGAAAGUAUGGUCCGGGACGACUAUCCGACACCGGAGGAAAUAAAAAGGGAUGGGGCGGACGUGGAGGAGGCGGAGCAUGCGGAGGAAAUUAAUGACGACGACGCCGAGGAGAUGAACGAUGCCGUGGACGAGGAACACGUUCUCGAGUACCUCGGGGACGAUUCCGGAGCUGAUGUGUAUGUCGGUAUGAAAGCACUGGAGGAUGAGUUGGAUCAUCUGCAAACUGCUCUGGACCAUUUGGAGAGGAAGAACGACGAUAUACAUGCGCAGCUGACGGAACUGCUGCAAUCUAAUCGUGAAGCUAGGAAACAAUUUCGGGAAUCUCUGCAAAUCGACCGCCAGCAGUCAAAGUGAUGAUCACUUUGUAUUUAGAAAAUUGUACAAUUCAUUAAUUUGUCAUCCAAAGAUAUGCGAAUAUUAUUACCUUUGAUUUUGUGAACGUUUUGUUUGUAAACGAAUUGUUUCAUGUAAUAUGAAAGACAUUUGAUAGUCUACCCUAAUCUAUCGAUCAAUUCAUAUUGAUCAGUGAUUGACCAUAAAAACUUCGAUAGCAUUCCUGAUAACAAGAUGAAUAAAAUGGCAUUAAUUAUGUACAUAUUAUAUUACAAUACACGCAUAGUUGUUGAGAGUUAGUUGGGUAAAGCAAAAACUACACCUUUAAAAAUGAAAAUAAAAUGUAUUGGGAGAAAAAUAUAUUUCUAUGAAUAAAAUGAUUAGAAAAUGUAACGAAGACGUAUAACACGGUCACGCUCAUAACUUGAGAAUUAUUCUGCUACAGUUCGCAUAAUGUGCUGUAACGACAGGGGAAUUGCCAAAGAAACGACAAAUGCAAUAUGAACAGUUAUGUAAAUUUUAUUUGUACAUAAACAAAUAGAUUUAAUAUAACUGUGGAUGGUAGUAAAAGUAUUUUUAAUCUGUUAAUUUCAGUUAUCCUGUAUUGAAUAAUAAAGAACUGCUAUUAAUGUGUUAGGUGUACAAAUCAGUAAACUAAUACAGAUAACACAGUUUUAUGGA